CUAAACAUAAAAGGUCUCUAAAAGGACACAAACCGUUAAAACCUGCAACUUCUCCAUUGAACUGAAGUAAAUCUCUUAAGAAAAAAAAAAUCUAUAAAAAGUUCUUUAAAUUCCUCUUUUUUCCGCUAUUUACAUGCAAAAUUAUUGAAUUUUUCAUUAAGUUGAUAAAUUUGUUUCAUUCAAUAUGAAGAUUGUUCGUAGAGACUUUGUUCCUGAUGGCCCUGGUAGCGUAAAGAUAAUUGCAGAAGAAGCUGAUGAUCUAUGGGUUGCUUAUAAUCUGAUAGCUGAAGGUGAUACUGUAUUAGCUGUUACUGUUAGGAAGGUCCUAAGGGAAGCUGCUUCUGGAGGAAGAGAUGCUGAACGAGUGAAACUGAAAUUGGAAAUUAAAGUUGAGAAUGUGGAGUAUGACAAAGAAGGUUCUGCCUUGCGUAUUCGUGGGAAGAAUAUUCUGGAGAAUGAACAUGUAAAGAUAGGGGCCUUUCACACUCUGGAAAUUGAGCAACACAGACCUUUUGUGCUAAGAAAGGUGGUCUGGGACUCACUGGCACGGGAAGUUCUUCGUCAAGCUUCUGAUCCAUCUGCAAGUGCUGAUCUGGCUGUGGUUCUGAUGCAAGAAGGAUUGGCACACAUUCUUCUUAUUGGUAAAAGUGUGACUAUUACCCGUUCUCGUAUAGAGACUUCUAUACCGCGCAAGCAUGGACCAGCUAUUGCAGGUUAUGAUAAGGCGUUAAAUAAAUUCUUUGACAAUGUUCUACAGGCCUUUGUCAAGCAUGUUGAUUUCAAAGUAGUUCGCUGUGCUGUGAUUGCAAGUCCAGGAUUCACCAAGGAUCAGUUUCAUCGUCACCUGUUGUUGGAAGCCGAGAGGAAGCAACUAAGACCUAUAAUAGAAAAUAAGUCACGCAUACUUCUUGUCCAUACAACCUCGGGAUACAAACAUAGUUUGAAAGAGGUUAUGGAUGCCCCAAAUGUAAUGAGUAUGAUAAAAGAUACAAAAGCUGCCAAAGAGGUUCAAGCCCUAAAGGAUUUUUUCAACAUGCUUUCAAAUGAUCCUGAUCGUGCAUGCUAUGGACCAAAGCAUGUUGAAGUUGCCCAUGAGCGAAUGGCUAUUCAGACACUUCUCAUUACCGACGAGCUCUUUAGGAGUUCUGAUGUAGAAACGAGGAAAAAGUAUGCUAAUCUGGUCGAUUCAGUCAAGGAUUCGGGUGGUACUGCUCUCAUUUUCUCGUCAAUGCAUGUUUCUGGAGAACAACUCACACAGCUAACCGGCAUUGCUGCAAUCCUUCGUUUUCCUUUGCCGGAGCUGGAAGACAUUGAGAUGUGAUGGAAGAAAUGCUCGUUCAUCGGUAAUGAAUGUUAUCUGCACUGUUAAAAAUGUGACUAUUCGCUAUAAAAUGAAGUGAAUACACAAAAAUUGUAAUGUUUCUCUAGCAGUGGAAGUAACAUCAUCAACUGAUGUUGCGUGUGGCGUGUUGUAUAUUCGAUUUUUUUUCGUUUUGAUUAAUUGAAAUGUAAUAUAUCGUCGACUAUCGAGGUGUACUAUAUCAUUGUAACGAUAUUUUUCAUCGAAUAUGUUGGCUGUUAGAUGAAGUUUUCUGGUUUUUUCACAGUU